GACCAAACACCAGUUGUAUUAGACAGCAAGCAAAGCCGUUGGCUAAAUACAGCAAGCCGAAUCUUAAGGCUUUCGCCUUCAAUGGCUGUUUCUCUCUCUAACAAUUUCUCUCUGUACCUUCCUCCCCUCUCUGCCUCCGCCUCAAAGCCCUCCAAAACCCUGCAAUUGAAAACCCUAGCUCUUCCAUCCAACCAACACAACCGCUCUCGUGUUUUCAGCAAACCCAUUGUAGAAUUUUCUCUCUCUAAUUCUUCUCCAAUCAAGAAUAACAACAACAGGCGUUCCUUUGGAUCGUCUCUUACAGUCAACUAUACGCCCCAUAGUAAUGAUGAAGUUGAGACUCGUCUGAAUGAUGUAAAGAUUGAAAGCGAAGGAGAUGAGAAACAUUCAUCCAGUUUGAUAGCCCUCAUGAAAGUUUACAAGGAGGCUAUUGUAUAUGGAGAUAUAAAGACUAUAACUGAUGUUGAGGCUAUGAUAUGUGUGGUAGAAAAUGAGAAAAAAGAGUUGUUCCAGAAAGUUUCAGCUUUAAAAUCAGCGAUAAAAUCUGAGAAGGAAAAAUAUAUUCGCUUGCAAGCAGAUUUUGAUAAUUUUAGGAAAAGAUCGGAGAAGGAGAGACUUACAGCAAGGAGUGAUGCCCAGGGAGAAUUGAUUGAGAGUCUUUUGCCAAUGGUGGACAAUUUUGAGAGAGCCAAACAACAAAUGAAUCUAGAAACAGAUAAGGAAAAAACAAUUCAUGCAAGUUACCAGGGUAUAUACAAGCAAUUUGUGGAAAUCAUGAGGAGCUUGAAUGUGGCCGCCGUAGCAACAGUUGGAAAGCCAUUUGAUCCAUUGCUGCAUGAGGCCAUUGCUCGUGAGGAGUCGCAAGAGUUCAAGGAGGGGAUAAUUGUUAAAGAAUUUCGUCGCGGGUUUUCUCUAGGAGGGCGACUACUGAGACCAGCAACAGUUAAAGUUUCUGUAGGCCCAGGUAAAAAGGGGACCUCUGCAGCCACUGAGGUGUCCACCGAACAACCUGCAACAGCUGCUGGAGUAGAUGAACGAUAACUCAUUGAACUGCAGGGGCUUAAUUUUUUUUCUUUGUUCAAGUGCAGAAUUUGAUAACUAUAGCGCUCAUUCUGGACGUUAAACCUUUAAAUAGUAAAAUAUUUCAUGUUCGAUGUUACACAUUGCCAAGAGAAAUGUUCAUCCUCUCUAGGUCAGUGACAAUAUAUAUUUUAGUAGAGGCACGUUUUAAGUUCUUAACAAUUGUACAGAUUGUGUGGUAAAUUUGCAAAUUGUCAUUUUUAGUGGUGAAUUCUGUGUCAAGACUGUCUGAACAGGUAGUUUACUUUUGUUUAAGUCAUAUCUAAUUCCCCCAUUUAUACAUGAAAUCUGAUUAAAACUUUUACAAUGGGAAGAUAAAUAAUAGAAGACUGAUAUUGGCUGUUUUCUCAAA